CUGUCAGGGCAAGGCAGACUGACAGUAUGGCGGCGGGGUGCAGCUGGAAGGAUGCUACUGUCGCCCGUGAUGUGUCUGUCGCCGGUAGGACGUGAAUGGACUAUUGACGGCAAAAAGAGAAAAGGAUUUAGCGAGAAAGGCCUGUCGCCGUGAGCUCCAAAGAUGGCCAGGCUUGCCGACUACUUUUUAGUGGUCGGUUACGACCUCGACAAGCGAGUGGAGGGUGAAGGUCAAGGUCGCAUUCUCCAGCGGUUUCCUGAGAAAGACUGGGAGGACAGCCCGUUCCCACAAGGCAUAGAGCUGUUUUGUCAGCCCAGUGGUUGGCAGCUGGUUCCUGAGCGGCAGCCUGCCUCCUUCUUUGUAGCGGUUUUGACAGACAUCAACUCAGAGCGUCACUACUGUGCCUGCUUCACCUUCUGGGAGGGCCUGGACAACCCACAGCUGCAGAAGGCUGAGGCCAGCGAGGCAGAUGAGGUGGAUGAGGAACCGGCUGUCGUCCAAUCAGCUCAGGUCUUUGCCCCCAAGAGCCUGGUGCUGGUGUCCCGGCUGGACUACACCGAGGUGUUCAGGAACUGCCUGGGUCUGAUCUACACCGUCCAUGUAGAUGGCCUGUCUGUCCCAUUGGAAACGGUGAUUGGAAAUCUUCUCACUUGUAUCAUCCCCAUCGCUGGAGGCUCACAGAUAAAUGACUCCCCAGUUUGUAGUUUAGACAAGGUUCCUCAGGCCCUGGCCUGUGACUGGCUGCUGGCCUGUCUCCAGCCGGGCCAGGAGGAGGGAGAGGAGAGUUUGAGGACUAUAACGUUAGGUGCUGGCGACCGGCAAGUUAUCCAGACUCCCAUCGAUGACUCACUUCCUGUCAGUGGGAGCAGUGUGGCCCAGCUCUUCAGACAGCUUGGUAUAGUCAACGUGUUGUAUCUGUUCUGUGCCGCCCUGACGGAACACAAGAUCCUGUUCCUGUCCAGCAGCUACCAGAGACUAACAGACGCCUGUCGAGGAUUGCUGGCCAUCAUGUUCCCCCUCAAAUACAGCUUCACCUACGUUCCCAUCCUGCCGGGGAAAUUACUAGAGGUCCUGAGCACCCCCACCCCCUUCAUCAUCGGUGUCAAUUCAUUCUUUCGCUCGGAGACACAAGAAUUGCUGGAUGUGAUCAUCGCUGACCUGGACGGUGGCACAGUGACCAUCCCGGAGUGUGUCCACAUCUCCCUGCUGCCUGAACCGCUCCUCCAGCAGACCCAGACCGUGCUCUCCAUGGUUUUGGAUCCAGAGCUUGAAGUCGCUGAUCAUGCCUUUCCCCCACUCUCCACGCAACCCUCCGCACCAAAGAUCCAGGAUAAGGAGAUCCGGGGAGUCUUCCUGUGGCUGUUCGCUCGGCUUUUCCAGGGCUAUCGCUGGUGUUUACACAUCAUCCGCAUUCAUCCAGAACCAGUUAUCCGCUUCCAUAAGGCUGCCUUCCUGGGUCAGAGGGCGCUGACAGAGGACGACUUCCUCAUGAAGGUGUUGGAUGGCAUGGCGUUUGCAGGCUUCGUGUCCGAGAGAGGGCCUCCUUACAGAGCCACUGACCUGUUUGAUGACCUGGUAGCCAAUCAAGUGGAGCGGAUACGACAAGAGGAGACCUGUCCACACAAAGUCAUGAACCACGUCAAGGAGCUGGCUGAGCAGCUCUUCAAAAAUGAGAAUCCUUACCCCGCUGUGGCAAUGCACAAAGUCCAGCGACCGUCAGAAAACAGCCAAAACACUGCACACAAUCAGACGCUCUUCCCUGGGCUGGACGACAUUGCGGUAGAGCUCUUCAUCGACCACGCUGCCGCCAAGCUCAAGACUGCGCCUCCUGUGGUCAAGGCGGAGCUCAAGAGCAUGGUGCCAUCUGGGCCCCCACUGGGAGAUGUCGUGGACAGGAAUGGCAACGUGAUGGCUAACAGCGCCCGCAGGCUGGAGGUGGUCAGGAACUGUAUCACAUACAUCUUUGAGAAUAAGAUGCUGGAGGCCAAGAAGUUAAUGCCAGCUGUACUGCGGGCUUUGAAGGGUCGGGCAGCCCGGAUUUGUUUGACCCAAGAGCUCAAUCAGCACGUCCUACAGAACCGAGCUGUGCUGGAUGACCAGCAGUUUGACUACAUUGUCCGAAUGAUGAACUGCACCUUACAGGACUGCUCACAUAUAGAUGAGCACGGUAUUGCAGCUGCCCUCCUUCCGCUUGUGACAGCCUUCUGCAGAAAACUGGGCGCAGGAAUCACUCAGUUUGCCUACAGCUGUGUACAGGAGCACAUGGUGUGGACCACAAUGCAGUUCUGGGAGGCCAUGUUCUACAGCGAUGUCCAGAACCACAUCAGAGCUCUGUACCUGGAGACAGAGGACGGACAGCAGCAGAAAAACUCUGAGCAGCAGGACGGGUCAGGCAGUGGGAGGGAAAUCAGCGCCCUGGAUCUGGCGUCAGAACAGAACCGGCUGUGGCCGACGCUCAGCAAGGAAAUGCAGGCGGAGCGCGUGCAGAAGGAGGAGAGCACGGUGUUCAGCCAGGCCAUCCACUACGCCAACAGGAUGAGCUACCUGCUGCUGCCGCUGGACACCAGCAAAAACCGCCUGCUGAGGACCACUGGCCUCGGAGACGUGGAGAGCGUCAGCAACAGCUACGUCACAAACAGUAUUGCUGGCAGCAUGGCGGAGAGCUACGACACAGAGAGCGGCUUCGAAGAUGCUGAGAGCUCAGACGUGGCUAACUCUGUGGUGCGCUUUAUAAACCGCUUCGUCGACAAAGUGUGUAACGAGAGCGGUGUGACCAACGAGCACCUUAAGGCUCUCCACACCAUGAUACCAGAUAUCGUUCAGAUGCACAUUGAGACGUUGGAUGCAGUCCACAGGGAGAGUAAGAGACUGCCUCCGAUCCAAAAGCCCAAGCUACUGAGGCCGACAUUGUUGCCCGGCGAGGAGCUGGUGAUGGAUGGCAUGCGGGUCCACCUGAUCCCUGACGGCCGUGAGGAGGCCACGGGGCUGAUGGGAGGUCCGCCUCUGCUCCCUGCUGAGGGCGCCAUCUUCCUCACCACCUACCGGCUCAUCUUCAAGGGCACGCCCACGGACCCACUGGUGGGUGAGCAGGUGGUGACUCGCUCGUUCCCCAUCGCCUCUCUGACGAAGGAGAAGAGGAUCUCAGUCACUGUACCCAUGGACCAGUUUGUCCAGGAAGGGCUACAGCUACGGUCCUGCACCUUCCAGCUGAUGAAGAUUGCCUUUGACGAGGAGGUUGCAUCCGACCUGGCUGAGGUUUUCAGGAAGCAUAUGCACAAGCUGCGCUAUCCUCAGCACGUCCAGGGCACCUUCGCCUUCACUGUGGGUCAGUGUGGGAAGAUGGUGGUGGAGCAUAAGACCAAGGACAAGAACCAGUCGCUCAAGACACUUUCCAAAAACCUGGUGAAGAGUGCCAAGAGGACCAUCGGCCGGCAGUAUGUGACCAGGAAGAAAUAUUCUCCCCCCACCUGGGAGAACAGGAGCAGCUUCCAGUCAGAGCUAGAUGAGGACGAAAUCUCAGUUUCAGAGGAAGUGGACCAGAGCGCCCUCACCCUGUCCUCCACCAUCCGCUCAUCUGACAGGCAGACCAUGAGCAACGUUGUGGAGCGUGCUUGUUGCCGUGACUACCAGCGCCUGGGUCUGGGCACGCUCAGUAACAGCCUGACACGGUCAAAGAACGAGCCUUUCAGGAUUUCGACUGCCAACCGCAUGUACAAUGUCUGCAGGAGCUACCCCGGCCUGCUGAUUGUGCCUCAGAGCAUCCCAGACACAACCAUCCAGAGAAUCUGCCGCUGCUACCGACAGAAUCGCUUCCCCGUGGUUUGCUGGAGGAAUUCACGAACCAAGGCCGUCCUGCUGCGAUCAGCAGGCCUCCAUGCAAAGGGAGUGGUGGGCUUCUUCAAGUCUCCUAACGCCCCUGCUGCAGGUAAAAAACAAGUGCCCUCCCAGGCAGACUCCACCAGCCUGGAGCAGGAGAAAUACCUGCACGCCAUCAUCAGCUCCAUGCCUUCUUACAGUGAGAACAGCGGCAGGAACACGCUCAGCGGCUUCACCUCCACACAUAUGAGCACCUCUGACUCCUCCGAUAAGCUGAGGCAGCCCAAGAUUGGCGCGCUGAUGAAGCAGGUGAUGGGCACCAAGGAAGAUGUUCCUGGAACCUUCAGCAGAGGAGCUCUGGGUCAAAGGGCGAAAGUCAUCUCCCUCUCACAGCCCAAAGUGUCUGGCAAGGCCAGGAACCCUACUAGAGGUAAAUGGGGCAGUAUCCGGGGCAGCGGGCGUCUAAGUGCCUACAACCCUGACGUGGGGACACGUCUGGCAGGGAAGGAGUCUCCACAAGCCAACGGAGGGCCGAGCGAGGCGCUUUUUCUCCGCCAGCAGAAGGCCUACCUCUACAUCAUCGGAGACAAGGCCCAGCUCAAGGGAGGGAAGCAAGACUCGUUCCAGCAGUGGGAAGUGGUUCCCAUCGAGGUGUGUGACGUGCGGCAAGUGAAGAACAGCUUCAAGAAGCUGAUGAAGGCCUGCGUGCCAAGCUCCCCGACUACUGACCCCAACAUGACCUUCCUGCGCUGCCUUGAGGACUCGGAGUGGAUGGCUCUGCUGCACAGAGUGCUGCAGGUGUCUGUCCUGGUGGUGGAGCUUCUGGAUGCGGGCUCUUCGGUCAUGGUCAGCCUGGAGGACGGCUGGGACGUCACCACUCAGGUGGUGUCCCUGGUGCAGCUGCUGUCUGAUCCAUACUACCGAACCUUUGACGGCUUCCGGCUGCUGGUGGAGAAGGAGUGGCUGUCAUUCGGCCACAGAUUCAGCCACCGCGGAGCACAGACGCUGGGCAGCCAGAGCAGCGGCUUCACCCCGGUCUUCCUGCAGUUCCUUGACUGUGUACACCAGAUCCACCUCCAGUUCCCCAUGGAGUUUGAGUUCAGUCAGUACUACCUGAAGUUCUUGGCCUAUCACUACGUGUCCAACCGCUUCCGCACCUUCCUGCUCGACUCUGACUAUGAACGCAUAGAGCUGGGAGUGCUGUAUGAGGAGAAAGGCGAGAGGAAAAGUCCGCAGGUGUGUAAGUCUGUGUGGGACUACAUUGACAGACUCAACAAGAAAACACCCGUCUUCUACAACUACAUGUUCUCUCCUGAAGACGAGGAGGUGCUACGGCCAUACACCUUCAUCUCCAACCUGAAGGUAUGGGACUUCUACAUGGAGGAGACUCUGUCAGAGGGGCCCUCCUAUGACUGGGAGCUGAGGGGCCGUCAGGAGCGCGUGGUGGAGGAGACGCCAGAGAAACCCGACUCCAGCGGCCCUAAAUCGCAGCGGUGCAUCGUGUGGCCGUGCUACGACAACCUGAGCAAGGUGGUGCCCGACGCCAUCACCAAGCUGCUGCAGGACCUGCAGAGUCUGGAGGCCGAGCUCGGCCAGACGUCAGAAAAGUGGAAGGACACGUGGGAUAAAAUCAAGAACACGCAGAGAACCGAGGUCAAACUGGAAAGCAAGCCGUCGUUCUCCAGCUCCUUGCUGAUGUCAUCUAACCUAAGCCACCAGCGCCGUUCGCAGGGCGUCUACCUGCAGGAGAGCGGUGUGGGCUCCUCCAUCAACCUAGCUCUGGACUGUGAGGCCAGCGCCACCUCCACUCCUGUCGCCGGUCGGCCCAGCACCAGCACGCUCUACAGCCAGUUCCAGAGCACCGAGAGCGAGAACAGGAGUUUUGAAGGCAUCCUCUUUAAGAGAGGGGCGUUAUUGAAACCAUGGAGGCCCCGGUGGUUUGUGCUGGACAAGACUAAACAUCAGCUGAGAUACUACGAGAGCAGGCAGGAUAAGGAGUGUAAAGGGGUGAUUGAGCUGGCCGAUGUAGAGUCUGUCAUUCCAGGAACGCCUACCAUGGGAGCACCGAAGAACAUCGAGGAGAAAGCCUUCUUUGAUCUCAAGACGACAAAACGAGUGUACAACUUCUGUGCCCAGGACAGCCUGAACGCACAGCUGUGGAUGGACAGUGUUCAGAGCUGCCUGUCAGAUGCCUAGGGGAGGGGGCAGGACUCUUUAUGGAGCAAUGCAACCAGGACCGAAUGAGCACUGCUGCGGCACCUGACGACAUCUCUGCCGACCAAUCCCAGUGGACCAGGGAGGGGAAGGGGCCUUUCACCACUUAAGCUCUGUUCUGUUCGCUAGUGUUGAACUAAUAACCUCGCGUCACAACGUUUCAGUGUUUUUGUUACAAAACUAAGAAAAAGACAAAAAAAAAUAAUAAAUUGUCCCUGAAGAACCACUUGCUGUCAUCUCACCAAGUAGCUGCAGCCUCUCACUUCCCCGGCAGUCUGACCACUAUGUGCGCUGGAUGUCUGUGUGCAUAUUAUAUAAAUGCAUAUUAAAGCAUGUUGUUCCAUUUCUGCGAGGCGUCCUGCAGCUUAGGACCAGCACGAAGAUCUUUCCAGACCCUCCACCUGUUCAACCACAACCCGCUUUCCCUCCUAACCCUAACCCCACUCGCCCUAAAGACGCUCCGGGGAGGAAUGACGGAGAAGCUGCAGUUGCACGUCAGCCCCAGCUACGUACAGGACUCGUUCAGCUGCUCUGGAGAAGGAUCUAAAAGAUGUGUGAGGAGUGUUGACGGACCAAAACAGCCCUGAGGAACAGCAGUCCUCAGGUCUCUGCUCUCUUUGCCUCUCACUGCCUGAUGUAGCCCAUUCACAGUAUAUUGAGAGGAAGUUGAGUGUGCAGGGGGGUGGGGAGGCGCUCUUCAACGGUUCAUGAAGGAUUUCCAUACCUUUUUUCUUUUCCAAAAUCUCAAAUUUGUACCAGAAAGAGAUCAAUGCUCAUCACCUAUCCUUACAGGGGGUGAUGUGAAAGGAUACUGUGAAAGCCAUGAAUCAGUCGUAAAGAUCAAACCAGAAGAGCCGAAGCGGAGACUGGAGCCUGUCAGGUAUUGAGUGUGUCGGUGAACUUUCACUGAGUGUUUACAAAGUAGACGAAACUUUCCUCACUAAACUUAACUCUGCUCUUCGCCUGUGUUUUUAAUCAGUACAACCACUAUUAACAGUCAGAUGUUUUAAGGGAUGCUGAAGGAAAAAGGAGGGAUUUAUUUUGUAGUGACGUCUUAAAGCAGUCUUUAGAGGGAGAUCUGGAAGGUAGGAGAUUAAGAGGAGGGAUUACUAAUAACAGAGUGAAGUUAUGGGAUGCUUCGGAGAGAUUACAGUUUUUAGAGAUGGAUAUUGACUCGCCACAGUGCUCGGGGACUGGAUGUUUGUUACAGGAAAAUUCAGGUAUUUUUUAAACCUAGGUCUUAUUUUCAUAAUUGCGUCCAUUAUGGCCAACACUGUGUUUGCUCUCACCACCUCUGUUGACUGAGUCAGAAAAUGCAACGGCAGCAAACAUCAAAGUUUACAAUUUAACUACAGAAAUUGUUUCACACGCUUGUUUCCACAAGUCUGGCUGAAAGGAAACAGAAAUGAGCUCCCUAAGUCAGCUAUUGUAGCCAACCGCAGGCUAGUUUGGUAAACCAAAGCAACCAGCUGGCUUGUCAAACUAGCUGCAUGGUUAGCAAACUAGCAUAUUACUUAAAAAUAAUAAUCUACAGAAAAAACAUUUAUUGCUUAUCGUAUCAAAUAUUACAAUAUUCUACUAAAAACAAAGGUAAAUUGAUACUACAAAAAUGCUUUGAUUGAAUUUCCUCAGAAGACAAAAGAAACAAAGGUCUCGUUUGCUAUUACUUCUCUAGCAUGUACACGAGCCACAGCCUCACACACAUACGCUGCUGCUGUGAGCAAACCAACAGGCAGCUUGUUUGGUUAGCCAGCUGGUUGCCCUGGAAGUAGAUCCCUAUGCAGUUAGCUACAAAGGCUAAUCCAGAGGACUCUGUUCUUUGUUUACUUUUGUCUGGACUCUUAGACAGACGUGGGAAAUGAUUUAUUUGGAAAGCUUUACGAGGCUCACACUGCUCAUCCUGAUAUAUCAUCGCUGUCUUGGAAACACCAUGAAUCUACACAUCAGCAUUUCCGCCUUGUAUUUUUACAUGUUUUAUUUAGCUUGGGAGAAAUUUGACAACCCACAAAUGAACACAUAAUCGUCCCGUUUCCAAAAAUUGGAAAUAUGUGUUUUUUUCAUUGAACAGCAAUGAUAUGUUGUUUUGCUGGAGUUGUGUUUCUUGAAUUUCUACAAGUGGAGGUGGCGAGUGCAAAUUUAGCAUGACCCACAAUUACCACAAUUAUGGAAAUAAGAGGCGGAAAAAUACUUGACUUUUUCCUUUAGUGAUGCGGGGACAGGGAAAGUCACCCAAACGGUUCCAUGACAUUCACUUGUACCGUGCUUCUGAUAUGAAUCUGAUGCUGUUCAGACUCACUGUACCUGUUUCAGAUGCAUCAACAGCCCACUUGUGUUGUUACUUUCAGUGCUGACACUUGUGCACUGACGAGUCUACAUCUGUUAGUUAUAGAGAAACAGUAUGUUUAGCUGGAAAGUUUCAAACAUCAAGUCACGUUUUUUUCUGUCAAAGGUAUGUCAGACCCCCCCCCCCGCACACAAACCACUCUGACCCACCCUUGUUAACACAAACUCUGCUUAUGUAAAAUAAGGUUCUACUGCUGUCUUUGUUGAACAUAAAAUUUGAAAUUGUAGAUUUUUUUGGUGUCUAAUAACUCCUUUGUAUAUACUACUCCAGAUUUGUAUGUAACGUUUAUGGUAGUAAUUUAUUUAACUUGUCUCCUCAGUAAGAAAGUUCCUCAAGCACCACUUUAUUUUUUAAAUUAGGAAUUCAAUGUGCCAUUUGUUUAUUUCUGUAUUAAUGUGACUAAUGCUAUUUUGUUUAUUUGAAAAAUGUAAACCCUCAAUGUCUUUCUUUUUUUUUUUUUGUAAACAUGUUGUCCUUAUUCUAUCCCAAACUGUUAAUGCAAGAGUGGAAAUGGUGUUAGUGGAAGAGGAAGCCUCUGGGCUGGCUUUUAAAGGCUGCUUGGAUUUUACUUUGUUGCUCAACCACCGUGGUGGGAUGUUCUGGAUACAGUCACAAUAAAUUUUUACACAUAUGAAGUCUUCCUGGGGCUGGGUUCUGCUCACUGGCCUGCUGCUACUUUAAUGGCCCCCUUUUGUGUUCAUUAAAUAGUCCGUGACGAGACGGGACAUUGUGUAACAAGAUGCCUAAAUGUGCUGCAUGCAUGAAUUUAGUGAAAGAUAUUGGCAAGUUCAUUUAAAAUGCACGGUGUAGUCAAGAGUUCAAGAUAUUAAUCAAAGAUGCCAAACAUACCAAUAUUAUAUAAUAUAGUAAUAUUAAUGAAUUAUGUUAAACAUUUUUUGGGAAUAUGGUGUACUCAAACCUUAGAGUAACUUAGAAUCUGUUUGAAUCUUAUUUAAUCUGACCAACAGGCCAAAACUAAAGUAAAUUUAAUUUAACUUAAAAGAGUGGGAGUGAUUUUAACGACUAAAAUUGAUCAACAGGUCUACAAAAGAAAAAGAUUUCCAGCUGUUGCUUUGUAAGCUCAGUGGAAAGAAAACUAUUGCUAUUCCCUGACAGUAGCUGUCUGAUGUAUUGCAUGAUAAUAGUAAAAACAAAGGCUAUAGCUAAGGUAUCCGUGUAGCUUUCUGUGGCGUUUUAACCAUCAUACCAACAGGCAGAUGGACUGAAUACUAGCUGCGUUGGGUUUUAGAGACUGAAGGCCUGGUGACCAAGAAAACUACACAGCCAACAUCAUGAUAAUACGCUUUAAGUUUCAGGUGACCUUGUGCAUCUUAAAAUAAUCUUCCUGCGAGGAACCGAUGGAAUCGCUGCAGCAGCCAGAACCCGCCUGUGGGAAGACUCCGUUUUCUUGUCUUUUGCCUGCAGUCUAAAUCCAGUCAGACCCAGCUCAUCUUUUCACUCUAGUUUACUCAUCUUUCUGUGGUAACAGCUACAUUAACCACAACAAUGACAUAAUCCUUUUAUUUAUUUUUAUUCUUUUUUUUUUUUUUAAUUAGAAAUGACUUUCUGAGCCGGGUUAUGUUGUCAAUCAUGUCAAUAUAGUUUUUAGAAUCCAAAUAAAAACUGUGGGUUUAAAUGUU